AUGCAUAGCCAACUAUCGUAUAAGCAGUAUCGCCAGCUGAUCCUAAUGGUUUCUGCAUUUAUAAUCAUCCUACUGCCUUUUAGUUUUGCUGCACCCAUCGAGACUAUCUUGAAAGAAAACCAGGACCAAUCUGAUAUGGAGGCUUACUUUUUACGCCACUUCUCUAAAUCAGUAGUUGACGCAUUUAAAGUCCUCAAGACCAUUCUUCUCGCUUAUCUUGCUCAUGCUAUGACAAUUCGCCCCGAUUCUAGCACAACCUUGCUACCAAACAUGUAUAAACGACUGUCAGCAUUGGCCUGGCCUACUAGUGGUGUCUACGAAUCAUUUGGUGCAAUUGUUAAAAUAAGACACUCAGACAGAAUUUUUGGUUUCAACAAUUUGACCGUUCCACCUAAACUUCUUCCCGAAAGAAGUGUAAACGAAACUUUUUUACAGAGCGAAGACUGGGGUAGCCCAAACGUACCCCUACUUAUAGAUGAAAAAGACCUCACACCCGAGGAGGUUGAUAAUGGAGUCGAAAAUGUUGAGAUGAAAAAACACGACAAUCUUGAAUACCUAAGAAACAGAUUUCACAGUAUGGAAGAUGAUAAAAUCAAACGCGUCAAGAACUGUAUUCUUAAUGGUAGCUUAUACCUUGGCACCAACACUCUAUUGAUUUCAAAGGAUGGAACCAAAUUACGACUCGAAUCUUCUGACAUGACAAUAUGUGGUCCAGGAGCAAGCUGUAAAUACCAGCUACCUGUUCAUCCAAGCUACGUACGUUACCUUACCAAGCCAAUGAUUGAUCAACUUGAACUAUCGCACGGUAUACAAAACAACGCCUAUUUCACGACAUUUAUCGCUCUUGUUCAACUCUUCUAUACCGUUUAUGAGUGUAUCCAAGGCACCGGGCAGAAAUGGUCCAAGGUGCUCAUGAUAAUUUUCAUGACCAUGUCAGUCCUUCAACUCGUAUCAGUAUAUGUACUACCUACUCAAGUAGUCGCAUAUAGUAUUAAAGGCGUGGCCGAAUUCAAUGAUCCAUACCGAUAUUUAGAAAAACGUAAAUUAGAGCAUUCUCAUCCUUUGGCGUCAUUCCUCCUUCAUAUGUUUCCCAAUAGAGCAAAGAAAAUAUUUACCGAUCGAGAAUGCAUUAUAUACGAUGUACUGUACAAGACUGGGAUGAAACCGGCGUUCGUUAAAGCUGUGAUAAGCAACCCUACAGGUGCUAAUAUUACAAUUGCAGUCCAGAAUCCUGGCCGGUGGGAGGGUGCUGUUAUUUUUGGUAGCACAGUUGCCUGGCUUAUGCUUGGAUUUUGGCCAGGAUUUAUGGCUGGAACAAUUACUGAAAUACUUGUCCUUGUUUGGAUUCUUGUUGGAGUUCCAUUUCAUAUUCUUCGUAUCUUUUUAUUUGAUCCAAGUUACCUUAUUGGCUGGAAGUUAUAUCUUGUCCUAACAAUUGUAUUGUUGGUCCCAGGUAUGGGACUAGUUCUUAGUGCCACAGUCUACGGCUAUAUCUUUGGAACUCCAAUAGAGAUCAGUUAA